AUGACAACAGCAGGUUUCUUUCUGAUAGUGGUGCUUACCCGGCCAUCUGUUGUCUCGUCGAUUUUCUUUGAUCUGCUUAAUGGACUUGGUCCACACUAUCCAACAUGUGUUUGUGCUCCACCACCGUGUGCUGCCGCGGCCACCGCCUCCGCCACAAGUCUUUCACAGUCGCAGUCGAUCGCUGGUUCUGCUCCAGUAGCGCCGUACGGUGGCGGUUACCAAGGAGGUGGUUACGGUGGUCCACCACCACCUGUAUAUCCGCAAGGUUAUCCUUAUAAGCACAGGCGAAGAAGGGCAGUUCUCGUAAAUGCAGCGCACAGUGAAGAGUGCACCAGUGAUGCAGUUGGGAGCAUUAUGGAACAGAGCAUGUCACCGUCAAUCAUCGAAUCUCGUGAGCGUAUACGUCAAUCAUUACAAACACACUACGGUAGAGAAACGGUCGUGUUGUGUUCACCUAGCAGAGCUGUUUUUACCGUGACCGAUGGAGCGGAAUUCUGUGAACGGUGGCGAAAUGGGAUCAACUGCUAUGCAUUUGUAUUCUAA